UUAUGUAUCACUCGAUUCACUCAUUUAUUACUUUCGUAAACAAAACAUUAAUUGUAAACAACAUAUGAUUUGAUGAUAACGUGUAUUGAAUUGGCACUCAAUUGACGGCUAAACACGUGUUUCGCGACACAAACUCUUUGCCAAUCAUUAGGUCCGGCGAGCGAUAGUCACGUGACAGCAUGUCUUCUACACUACCAGCAGCUGAUCCACCGCUAGUGAAGUACUUCCCGUUCUCGUCGGUCAUCGACACCGGCUUUUGGCAUCUGUUGGCCCACAAGAAGCUCAACGCCAUCCGAUUGGACGACUCGGCCAUCGAUAUCGUCGGCCAUUACAGGACAGAUUUGUCCCUCAAUUUGCGGCCACUUUUGAACGUCAAUUACGAGUCCUUCGAGAAAUAUAGCGAUGCGAGCAAAGAGUGUCACCCAAUGUAUGGCCAACUGUUGGUCACCAAUACGUACGAAGAGUUUGUCAACAAAGACAAGAAACUGUUGAUUAAUAGUGUGGCCAAAGAGAUAUGGAAAGACAUAACUGACGGCACCGGCGCUCAACACCCGUCCCAAUCGUUGGCAAAGUUUGCGCUAUUAGUAUAUGCCGAUUUAAAGAAAUAUAAAUUUCAUUAUUGGUUCGCAUUUCCCGGACUGUGUUUUCCCGACAAAACAUAUCUAACCAACGGAUCGCCUAAAGUGUUGGCCAGUGUUUGGUCCGAAAAUAAUAUGAACACAUUGUACGCCAAAUACACGACCGGUUUAGACAACAAUAGCAAAACUUAUUUCAUAGUCUUUGCGAACGACUCUCACAUCUCUGUCCACACAUUACAGGAAUAUUCUUCCCUUACGGACAGAACCGAUGGAAAGCUAUACUUCGCAUUCGCCGACUCUUGCAGUUCGCAUGAAUACCCCGGUUGGCCGCUCAGGAACUACUUGGCCCUCAUUGCUGUCCACUUCAAACUCACCGAAUGCUCAGUACUGGCCAUUCGACUGCGGGAGCGGUCGGUGAAGACUAGUCUCCUAUUGGACAUCGAGUGGUCGACACCGGCGUCGGCUCCGACUGCGGACACCAUUGAGUGCGUCGGUUGGGAGAAGAACGAGAAGAAUAAACUGUUGCCACGAGUGGUGGACUUGUCGGCGCUCAUGGAUCCGAUCCGUUUGGCCGACACUGCGGUCGACUUGAAUCUGAAGCUAAUGCGCUGGCGUUUAGUGCCGUCGCUUGAUUUGGACACCAUAUGCGCGACCAGGUGUCUGAUACUGGGCUCCGGGACGUUGGGCUGUGCGGUGGGCCGCGGAUUACUCGCCUGGGGGGUCAGGAAUAUCACAUUCGUGGACAACGGACAGGUCUCGUACUCUAAUCCGGUGCGACAGUCGCUGUUCGCGUUCAACGACUGUCUGGACGGCGGCCGACCCAAAGCCGUGGCCGCCGCCGACGCGCUUAAGACUAUAUUCCCGAACGUCAACUCCCGAGGCGUCCAGUUGUCGAUACCAAUGCCCGGACACCCCAUCUCUGAACAACUGAUUGAAAACUGUCGCAAAGACGUGGAACUGCUCGAGACGUUGGUCGACGAACACGAUGUCAUUUUCCUGCUGAUGGACACUCGGGAGAGCCGAUGGCUGCCCACUGUGUUGGCGACCGUCAAGAAUAAGUUGGUCAUAAACGCUGCGCUCGGUUUCGACACGUUUCUCGUGCAAAGGCAUGGCGUCCGUCGUGUGGACACCCCUGUGGCCGACGCCGAGUCCGGGCAAGCGUUGAGCGCUGCGGCCGCUCCGGUGUCGGCCCCCACGCCGUCGUCUUCUAAGAUGACUGACCACAGCUGCGGCGGUGGCGGCGGCCCCGGGAGGUCACGCAAAGUGAGUGGACUAGAACUGGGCUGUUAUUACUGCUCGGAUGUCGUCGCACCGGGAAAU